AUGGAAGUCAGGCAUGACUGGCUCGCCUCUUCCCCCCACGAGGGCUUCGAGCAGCUGAGGCUGAAGAGCCGCUCCAAAGAGCCAUCCCCGAGCCUCCCCAGAGUAGGUGCCAACUUCUACAGCACUGUCAAACAGCAGGACUUCAGUGCCAGUGUCUGGCUGAGGAGGAAAGACCAACUGGAGCAUUCCCAGCAAAAAUGCAUUGUGAUCUUUGCACUGGUGUGCUGCUUUGCGAUUCUGGUUGCACUGAUAUUUUCUGCAGUGGAUAUAAUGGGAGAAGAUGAGGAUGGACUCUCAGAAAAGAAUUGUCAAAAUAACUGUCGGGUUGCUCUUGUGGAAAACAUUCCUGAAGGUAUAAACUAUUCAGACAGUGCACCAUCCCACUUGUCUCUUUUCCAAGGCUGGAUGAAUUUGCUUAAUAUGGCUGAAAAGUCUGUUGACAUAGUAUCUUCCCAAUGGGACCUCCAUCACAGUCAUCCAUCUGCAUGCCAGGGCCAGCAUCUUUUUGAAAAAUUGCUAGAACUGGCGUCUCGAAAUAUUGAGAUAAAACUCGUGAGCGAUAUACUGCCCACCGAAUCAAAGGUAUUAAACGACUUGAAAACAAAGGGUGCAGAAGUGCUGUAUAUGAAUAUGACUGCUUAUAAUGAAGGUCGCCUUCAAUCAUCAUUCUGGAUUGUUGAUAAACAGCAUGUAUAUAUUGGAAGUGCCAGCUUAGACUGGAGGUCAUUGGGACAGAUGAAAGAACUUGGUGUCAUUGUGUACAACUGCAGCUGCCUCGUCCUAGAUUUACAAAGGAUAUUUGCCUUGUAUAGCUCAUUAAAAUACAAGAAUAAAGUGCCUCCAAGUUGGUCUAAGAGAUUGUAUGGGGUGUAUGAUACUCGAAAUAAACUGACGCUGCAGCUGAAUGAAACAAAAUCAGAAGUCUUUGUGUCGAAUUCUCCCAAACUCUUUUGUCCAAAAGCCCGAGUCUUGGAUAUUGAAGCUAUCUACAAUGUUAUAGAUGACGCCAAACAGUUUGUUUAUAUAGCUGUCAUGGAUUACCUCCCUAUUGUCUUUGACACAAAUGCUAAAAGGUACUGGCCAUAUUUGGAUGGGAAGAUAAGAGAAGCACUAGUGUUACGAAGUAUUAAAGUCCGGCUCCUCAUAAGUUUCUCAAAAGACACAGAUCCCCUUACAUUUAACUUUGUUUCAUCUCUUAAAGCUAUUUGCACUGAGGUUCCCAGCUGUAGUUUAAAAGUUAAAUUUUUUGAUCUUGAAGAGGAGAAUGCUUGCUUUCUCAAAGAACAAAAGAAUACUUCCCUUCCCAAAUUAAACCGGAAUAAAUAUAUGGUGACUGAUGGAGCUGCUUAUAUUGGUAAUUUUGACUGGGUGGGAAAUGAUUUUACUCAAAACGCGGGAGCUGGCCUCGUUAUCAACCAAGCAGACGUGGGGAACAACACAAGCAUCGUUAAGCAACUUAAAGCUGUGUUUGAAAGGGACUGGUAUUCACACUAUGCCAAAAGUUUGCAACCAACAAAAAUCCCAAACUGCUUAAACUACAAACUUAACAAAGCAGUGGCAAAUAAGACUGCCAUGAAUUAA